ACUCACCUCCUCACUCGUUCUCUCUCUCUCUCUCUCUCGAGUUUUGCUCCUCUCGAUCUUUACCAUGACCUCCAUGUCUAUGCGCAGCAGCUACGGCUCGGGCGGCUCCAUGAUGGGCGGCCGUAUGGGCGGUGGAAGAGCCGCCAGCGUGUACGGUGGAGCCGGCAGCCACAGCGUGCGUAUCUCCAGUGCCUCGUCUCUGGGCUCAGGAUUCGGAGGUGGUGCCGGCGGCGGCUACGGUGGAGGAUUUGGAGGAGGCGCUGGAUUCGGAGGGGGCGCUGGAUUCGGAGGGGGCGCUGGAUUCGGAGGGGGCGCUGGAGGUGGCUUUGGCGAUUCCAUGGAUGUCUCUGCCAACGACAAGCAGACCAUGCAGAACCUGAACGAGCGUCUGGCCUCCUACCUGGAGAAGGUACGCUCACUGGAGAAGGCCAACGCUGACCUGGAGCUGAAGAUCCGCCAGUUCCUGGAGAAGAAGACCUCACCUGCAGCCCGGGACUACGAGCACUACUACGUCACCAUCGCUGAACUUCAGGGCAAGAUCCAGGAAGCCACACGCGUCAACGGAGGGAUUUACCUCUGCAUCGACAACGCCAAGCUCGCCGCCGACGACUUCAGAGUCAAGUAUGAGAACGAGUUGGCCAUGCGCCAGUCGGUGGAGGCGGACAUCGCCGGGCUCAGACGAGUCCUGGACGAGCUGACGCUGGCCAGAUCUGAUCUGGAGAUGCAGAUCGAGAGCCUGAAAGAGGAGCUGGUCUUCCUCAAGAAGAACCACGAGGAGGACCUCAUGGCUGCCCGGACCCAGAUGAGCGGACAGGUCCACGUAGAAGUCGACGCCAAACCUCAGGAGGAUCUGAACAAGAUCAUGGAGGAGAUCCGUGAGCAGUAUGAGGGCGUAGCAGCUAAAAACCGUAAGGAACUGGAGGCCUGGUUCCAGAACAAGUCUGAAGCUCUUAAUAAAGAAGUCGCCGCCAGCUCAGAGACGCUGCAUACCAGCAAAUCAGAAAUAACAGAGCUGAAGCGCACGCUGCAGGGGCUGGAGAUCGAACUGCAGUCGCAACUCAGCAUGAAAGCGUCGCUUGAAAACCAGCUCGCCGACACACAGAACCGCUACGCCAUGAAGCUACAGGGAUUCCAGAGUCAGGUGGUGAGCAUGGAGGAGCAGCUGGUGCAGCUCCGCGCCGACAUGGAGCGCCAGUCUCAGGAGUAUCAGAUGCUGCUGGACAUCAAGACCAGGCUGGAGAUGGAGAUCGCCGAGUACAGGAGGCUGCUGGACGGAGAGGCUGGCGGCAGCGGCUCAUCGAGCUCCAGCAGCAGCUCCACCACGCGUAAGGUCGUGAUCGUGACCGAGGAGGUCGUGGAUGGGAAGGUGGUGAGCUCCUCCUCCUCCUCCACCUCCAAAACCAGCACCAAGUAAACACGUCCUGAACCUUCACGCCGUGAUGAGAACACGAGCAGAAGCUCCUGAGGUGAAGCAGCGCUGAGAAAAGAGAAAUCAAUCAAUCAGUAAUGAAUAAUCAAUAAAUAAAGCAUCACGCAUCAAAUCUA